GUAAAGUUGGUUGACAUCUAUAUAAAAAUUGAUAAGAAUAAUUUGUGUAUAUUAAAAAUAAGUAAGAAAAGGAAAAUAUAAAAUGUUGGCUACAACGUUGGACCAUUUUUAGACCAAAUGCUCGAGAGCUUUAUCAAUAUUUACUCGACAGAACAGCCAAUAUAUACUUACAAGUGAGAGUAAUGGUACAAGGGAAAUCAUAUUGAACCAUGAGGAGACAAAGUUAGUACCUACCUAUUGUCUAAAACUUUGCUUUUUUAAUUAGGUAGGAACUCACUAUCACUAGAUAUGAUGAGCCACCUCAUAGAAGCAAUCAAUGUAAACAAAGAUGACACAGCAUUAAGAGCCAUCAUUCUAAGUGCCAAAGGAAAUGUCUUUUCUGCAGGGCACAAUUUAAAGGAAUUGCAAUCUUCUGCAGGUUUAGAUCAACACAAGUUGGUGUUUCAAAAAGCCACUGAAUUAAUGAAGUCCAUUUUACAAAGUCCUGUGCCAGUUAUAGCCAAGGUAAAUGGCUUUGCUGCAGCGGCAGGUUGCCAGUUAGCUGCUACUUGCGAUAUGAUAAUUUGUUCAGACACAAGCAAAUUCUCUACACCUGGUGCAAAUUUUGGAAUAUUUUGUUCAACACCUGGAAUAGCAAUAGGACGGUGUAUGCCUAAAUCUCGAGCUACUUACAUGCUUUUUACAGGUGAACCAAUAACGGCGCAAGAAGCUUAUGAAAGUGGUUUAGUCACAAAGGUAGUUCCCGUAGACCAACUAGAGAGCGAAGUCAUUAAUAUCGUCGACAAAAUCAAACUCAAAAGUCGCAGAGUCAUCGCUAUGGGAAAACAAUUCUAUUACAAACAAAUCGAGUUGGAUCUUCCGGGCGCGUAUAAAUUAGGCGAAGACAUCAUGGUAAAAAAUAUAAAUAUUGAAGAUGGCCAAGAAGGAAUACAAAGCUUUGUUGAAAAACGAAAAGCAAAUUGGAGUCAUAAAUAAAUUAUUUAAAAAUCAAUUUAAAUGUUUUUUUAAAUUCUUACUGUUGCUGUGUCUCUAUCGCCUAAUUUUAUUUUUAUGUAAAUUUAUUCAAUGCAGCACUAAUACAAGAUUCUUUUUCUACUGUUUUAUUAUAUGUAUGAAUUGAUAAUGAGGUAUUAUUUUGAGAGUAAUUUCCUGUCGAGAAAUAAACGCAAAUAAAUAAUAUAUCUAUAUAUAAAGAAUAGCACAUAAACGUCUAGUAUUAAGUGUAAUCACUUUUGAACUAUGAACCGAAUUAUAGUCUUAUCAAGGUGUUUUGUAAAUAAAAACGUUCAGUAAUUA